GGCUGUGUCUGCGAUCAGAGGACCGAUGGACGGCGGCGGCAGUUUGAGCAGCCAGUCUUCUCAUCACCUGUUAGAAAUACUCCAUUGAUCUCUGGAUAUUUCUGCAGUAGCUGCUUUGGAAUAGACAAGGUUGGAGGCACAUUCUGGAUGCUAAUUUCAAAGUGGCUUCUGAUGUCCCAGCAAAUGGCAUUGUCCAGUCUAUUGCUGAGAAGAUACUUCUGAGGACCCAACAGCACCAGCUAAGGCAGACUUGGUUUGCUCUCUGCUGGGUGUACCCUGAAUGGGAGUGAUGCCUCCAGGCAGGUGGUAUGCUGCCCAUCCAAGGCCUCGGGCCCAGGCUUCAAAGGAGCGAGGGCGCCUGAAGAUAGUAAAGGAAGAAGAAGAGGAUGAAGGCUACACUCCAGUGCGGGCUGCUAGGCCACAGAGGCUCAACCGUCCUGGCCAGGAACUCUUCCGCCAGCUCUUUAGGCAGCUUCGCUACCAUGAGUCUUCUGGGCCCCUAGAAACUCUGAGCCGGCUCCAGGAGCUCUGCCGCUGGUGGUUGAGGCCUGACGUUCUCUCCAAGGAGCAGAUCCUGGAGCUGCUGGUGCUGGAGCAGUUCCUGAGCAUCCUGCCUGGGGAACUUCGGACCUGGGUACAGCUGAAUCACCCUGAGAGUGGCAGUGAGGCUGUGGCCUUGCUGGAGGAGCUGCAGAAGGACCUCGAUGGGACACCACAGAGGGACCCAGUCCCUGCCCAGAGCCCCAGUGUGCAUUGGAUGGGUACAGGAAUCUUGCAAGCCACACAAAUAUGGCCGCCUCCUUCACCUCUCAGGAGCGACUCUGGCCUAGGGAACCACCUGGAGCCUCCCUAUGGAACAGGAGUGCGUGAUUUCCUGGCUGGGCAAUCCGAUCCUGCUGCUGCCCAGGUGCCUGACCUUUCCCCGAGAGAGAGAUACCCAGGAGACCAGGUGGUGGCAACCGGACCCCUGACAGUCCAGCCCCAGGAAGCCAUGACUUUCAAGGAUAUAGAGGUGACCUUCACCCAGGAAGAGUGGGGAUGGCUGGACCAUGGCCAGAGGAACCUUUACAGGGAUGUGAUGCUGGAGAAUUAUAGGAACAUGGCUUCUUUGGUGGGGCCAUUCCCCAAACCUGCUUUGAUCUCCUGGCUGGAGGGAAGGGAGCCCUGGGGCUUGAAUGUCCAGAGAACUCAGCCUAGAGAGAAUCCAGAUGCUGCCCCUGCAGGAGGUGAGCUCCAGAAUAAGACAGACAAGAUUGUCUUAAAACAUAAAACUUCGGAAGAAGCAGAAACCUUGACUGUGCCAUCAGGCUGUCCUGCGCAGAGUGUUUCUGAGGGAAUGGGGAUCAGAGAAUCUUUUGCACAGAAGAGCAGGUUAAAGGGACAAAAGGGAGACUCUAUAGGAGUAUGUGUUAAGCAAGAAGAGACCAAUGUCAGUCACGUGACGGGAAAAGAAUCUGAGGAACUGGGAGAAAGUGAUAGUCGUGACCUAAAUCAUGUUUCAUAUUUUAGAGUUCCUGGAAGAAGGCGAUCCCUUAAGCAUGGCUAUGGCAGACACUUCAGACUGAGUUCACACCUCUGUGACUACAAGGAAUAUGGGAAAGGGCUCAGACAUAUGAUAGGAGGGGUUAACCUUUGUCAGAGACUUCAUGCUGCCAAAGGGAAUGAAAAGGAUGAUGGGAAAGACUUCAGCCUUAGCUCUCAUCACCAACAUGGGCAGAGUCUUCAUGCAGUGGAGACCCUGUAUAGAUGCAGUGACUGUGGGAGGACCUUUAGUCACAGCUCCCGUCUUGCCUGUCAUCAGAGACUUCACACUCAAGAGAAACCAUUUAAAUGCAGGGUGUGCGGGAAAGCCUUCAGGUGGAACUCCAACUGUGUGCGACAUGAGAAAAUUCACAGUGGGGUAAAACCUUAUAAAUGCAGUUUAUGUGAGAAAGGUUUCAUACGCCUGUCAUCCUACCGCCUGCACCAGGAAACCCACACUAAGCAGACAUGUGUUGAAUCUAAUCAGUAUGGGGAAGCUUUUACCUAUGAUUCAGGGUUGGAUCAUCAUUUGAGAGACUAUAGUGGGGAGAAACCCUUUGACUGCAGCCAGUGUGGGAAAUCCUUCCACUGUAAAUCAUAUAUUCUCGAACAUCAAAGGAUUCACACCCAGGAGAAACCCUUUAAAUGUACCAAAUGUAGGAAAACCUUUAGGUGGAGGUCAAACUUUACUCGCCAUAGGAGACUGCACCAGUUCCAUGAACAAGACAAAUGCAGAGAAAACUUCAGGCAGAGCUCCAACUGCAGUCAGCCCCAGAAGGUCCCCACUGUGGAGAAAACUUUUGCAUGUCAGCAAUGUGGGAAAACCUUUACUCGAAAGAAAUCCCUCAUUGAUCAUCAGAGAAUUCACACAGGUGAGAAACCAUACCAGUGUAGUGAAUGUGGGAAGGAGUUUACCUAUAGGUCAGGCUUUAUUGUUCAUAAGAAGCAGCAUGCCAUAACCAGAAAACCUGAGGUUGGGCUGUCUUUUAGUCAGGACAGAGUGUUCCAAGCUCCUCACAGUGACACCAUGGAGGAACCCUUCAAAUGUAGCCAUUGUGGCAAAGACUUCCGUAAUCGGUCAUUCCUCCUCAUCCAUCUGAGAGUUCACACAAGAGAGAAGCCUUAUCAGUGCAGGGAGUGCGGGAAAGCCUUCAGAUGGAGUUCCAACCUCUCCCGACAUCAGAGGAGUCACUCUUUGGGAAAACAUUACAAGUACCAUGAAUAUCAUAAAACUCCAGAUCUGCAACCAAAAAUCCUCACUGGUGAGAAACCUUUCUGGUGUCAAGAAUGUGGGAAAACCUUUACCCGUAAAAGAACUCUCUUAGAUCAUAAGGGGAUACACAGUGGAGAGAAGCGCUAUAAAUGUAAUGUGUGUGGAAAAUCUUAUGACAGAAAUUAUCGCCUUGUUAACCACCAGAGAAUCCACAGUAAAGAGAGACCCUUUAAAUGUCAAUGGUGUGGGAAAGAUUUCACUGGAAGACACACCCUCCGUGUUCAUCAGAGGAAACACGCUUGCUCGGCCCAGUCUGAAUGUAGCCCGUCUGGGUUAUCUUCCUGCCAGGACACAAGGUUGAAUUUACAGGAAUCCAGGCCAAGUGGAGAGAAGCCCCUUAACAAAUGUGAAGAAGCUUGUAAUCAGAGCUCCAGGUUCACCGGACUCCAGAACAUACCCGAGAAAAAGUGCCAUAAAUGUAACAUAUGUGGGAAAACUUUUCCGAAGGGUUCACAGCUCAUUAGCCACAAGAGAUUUCAUACCAGAGAGAGGCCCUUCAAGUGCAGAGAAUGUGGGAAGACCUUCAGGUGGUCUUCAAAUUUGGCUCGGCAUAUGAAAAACCAUAUUAGAGACUAGCCUGGGCCCGGAAA